GUGACGGUGGUGACGGGAGGGGGGGUUGAUAGUAUUCUAGAGAGCAAAGGGAGUCUAUUCAAAGGUUGCAGUUAAUUCGAGGUGGAAUUUCGUUUGAAGUCGUCUCCUUGUUAAUCCAAAAUGACAGGAAUGAAAUCAGUCAUUGUUGGUGGUGGAACCGGUUUCAUAGGUCGCUCCCUCACUAUGCAGCUGCUAAAAAAUGGUUAUCAGGUUUCAAAUGUUUCCAGAAUGCCUUCACCGCAUAACAUGAGCUGGGAUGAACUUAAAAAUGUAGGUUUGCCAGAUGGAACCACAGCUGUAGUUAGUAUGGCUGGCCAGAACAUUUUGGAUGCUAAGAGACGCUGGACACCAGGUUUCAAGCAAAAUGUUUGGAACAGUCGAGUUAAUACUACACGAUCUCUGAAAGAGGCAAUUUUAGCAGCUCCCAAAAAGCCAAAAGUAUUUGUAUCAAUCUCUGGUGUAGGUAUUUAUCCACCAAGUUCAUCAGCUGAGUAUACAGAAGACAGUCAAGUAACUGCAACAGAUUUUCUCUCAGAGCUAGCUAUUGCAUGGGAAGAAGCAGCUAAACUUCCCCCUGAUUCAGGAGUGCGUCAGGUUACCAUUAGAUCAGGUGUUGUUCUGGGGCGCAAUGGUGGUAUGAUUCAGCAACUGUAUGUACCAUUUUUCCUCGGUGUUGGUGGUCCGAUAGCAUCUGGUAAUCAGUACAUGCCCUGGAUCUACAUAGAUGAUAUUUCAAGACUCAUUCAGUUUGCCAUAGAAAAUGAAAAGGUUUCGGGUGUUUUGAACGGUGUUGCUCCACAAGUGAUCACAAACAAAGAAUUUGCCUCAGCUUUUGGAAAAGCCAUGUGGAGGCCAGCAAUAAUACCUGUUCCAAAGUUAGCCUUAGAUUUAGCAUUUGGAAAUGAGCGAGCCAAGAUUAUGACUGAAGGACAAAAGGUUAUUCCCAAGAGAGUUUUGGAGUAUGGUUUUAAAUACGAAUAUCCAGAUAUUGAUAAGGCCUGUGCAAAAUGUGCUCGUCUUUUCAAUGACUACGGAUUGAAAUGAUGGUCAGUGAUAUUAGAAUGUAAGUAGCCAAUUUCUUUUCUGUAUAAAGUAAAGUAAUUACGUAAUUGUUAUUUUGCAUGUGUACCGUGUUGAACUAACAUACACUAUACACUGAAUCUUGUCUGUUUAAGGAGAAACAAUUUGCCAUCAAAAUACUUAACGAUUUUUCAUUACACAUGUUUGAUUCUGUGAUACUGUAAUGUUGUAAUUGAAAUGCACUGUGAAAUUAGAAAAUCAAUGAAAUAGAUUUAAUUUAUAAUUCUUUAGAAAGCAAGCAAAUUACUGAAUGUGACAGAUAAAAUAAAAAAUAAUGCUUCCUCUGUUUUA